GGCACAUCACUGGUAGUGAAUCACUUUAACCGAAAGUGAAAGAGUUCUCAGCGUCUAUUUUGUCGCUGUUGGAAAAGCAAAAAAAAAAAAAACAAACAAACAAACUCAGCACCAGGCAGAAACGGUGACAUUAAUGUCACACAACAUGGACUGUAGACUAAACGGUCACGAGGAACCUGGAGCCUAUCCCAGGGAGCAUGGGGCACAAGGCGGGGUACACCCUGGACAGGGUGCCAAUCCAUCACAGGGCACAAUCACACACACAUACACAUUCACACACCCAUUUAUACACUAUGGACACUUUGGACAUGCAAAUCAGCCUACCAGGUACUCUAAAAGAUGCAUUUUUCCACAUAGAAAUAUUGCCCUCUCACAGGAAGUCCCUGGGGUUUGCUUUUGGAGGCAAUGCGUAAAAAUAUCGGGUUCUUUCCUUCAGGCUAGCUUUAUCCCCUUACAAGUUCACAAAGUGCAUGGAUGUCAUUCUGGUUCCAUUGUGACUCCAGGACAUCCGUGUACUAAACUACCUGGAUGACUGGUUAAUUCUAGCAUGGUCCAGGGAACUGGCGAUUCAACAUCGAGAUGUUGUUCUCAACCACAUGAAGAGCUUGGGGUUCAGGUUGAACCUCAAGAAAAGUAUGCUUUCUCCAGUGCAGUGGACAACUUUUCUAUAGGUUAUAAGGAUUUUACUACGUUGAGGGCAUUUCUAUCCCCAACAUGCAUAGGGUCUAUUGUAUCAAAAUUUGCCUAUUACCCAAAGACAAUUGAUAAACAGAUACUCACAUACGUUAACCAGUUGAAGGACGAAAGUAAGACACCAGGCCCGUGAGUGAGGAGAGGCAAGGGUCCAAAUUUAUUGUUGCAUGAGAUCACACAGUUGAGACAUCCUAAGGAUGAUCUAAAAAACCAGAGCUGAUGCUCUUCUAUUUUACAGUUUUCUUAGGGUCAGGAUGACCCAGACAUCAAUAUGUUUAGAGUUAGCUGUCCCAGGAACACCAUUACGUACAUCAAUUGGCACUGUUGAGCGACCCUUAUCACGCAGGUGCAGUUCCGGCUCCAAAAUAUAUUUUGUCUUGUUCCACUCUUUUUAAAAAUAACUUGAUCUUGUCUGUGUCGCUUCAUGACUGGAUUUUCGUCGAGAAAGGACACUUUCAAACACACCAUCUCUACAUUAUGAGUAAAUUUUAUGUUUGCUCUACAUUUCUUUUUUUUUCUUUUUUAUAGUGCUUGCAUGUACAUUACCCUAUAAUAGUUUUUCAUGAAACAGAAUAUUAAACAGAUUAAUUUCUGUUUUCUGCAUACACACCAGGCCUCUGUGUGUGUGUGUGUGUGUGUCUCUUAGUUGACCUUCUGCCUGCAUGCAGACGUCCUCCACCUACGCUCUGAGGCCUACCGCACUAAUCAAAUACAUGUAUUGUUAUCCCCCUGCGCCUUGCUUAUCUGUGUGUUGUGUCUUAGGUCAAUCCUAUCAACAUUGAGCAAGAUAAUGCUGGAUCUCGGCAUCCCCUCCUGUUAAGGCGUAUGGUAGCAGCCAACGUCAUACCGUUGGGCCUAUUGCACAGGAUCCUAUUGUACAGGAUUCCGCUUCAGUGGUGGCUGAAAAUUCGGGGGGUUUCAUCCAAGGACGAUACCUCUGAGUGUAAGUAAUUCCAGCAGAAGCCAUCAGCAUCUUCAGGACUCAGCUGUGUGUCCACGAGCUGUCUGUGUAUACACUAAUAUUCAAACAUGGAGACCCCUGACCUGGACACAGAUGAUGUGACUCCACCCUCAAAAAACCAUAAACUCCAGAGAAAGAGAUCAGACUCACCGGAACCCAGCUGUGUCUCCAUGAAGAGUGAUGCGUCUAUGGAGUCUCCAUGGUACUUUAAAAAUGGAAACCCCUCAUCUGUACACAGUGUUCUACAGAAGUCGGGAGACAGAAGAGAAAAGAACGUCAUCACAGCUACAGGACACGACCCAGAACCUGCUGCUGUAAAUGAGUUCCAGCAAAAGUUCAAAUUAAAUCUGAAGAAGAAAUUUCAGUGUUUAAAUGGAGUGAUGAUAAACCCGGAAAACCGAACACUCCUGAAUGAGAUCUACACAGAGCUCUACAUCACAGAGGGAGACAGUGGAGACGUCAAUAAAGAACAUGAGGUGAGACAGAUCGAGGCAGCAUCCAGGAGAACAACAACAGAGGAAACACCAAUCAAAUGCAAUGAAAUCUUUAAGCCCUUACCUGAUCAAGAUGAACCCAUCAGAACUGUGCUGACAAAGGGAGUCGCUGGCAUUGGAAAAACAGUGUCUGUGCAGAAGUUCAUUCUGGACUGGGCUGAAGGGAAAGCAAAUCAGGAUGUCCACCUCAUUUUUCCACUUCCUUUCAGAGAGCUGAAUUUGAUGAAGGACCAGAAACUGAGUCUGAUGGAUCUCCUUCAUUUCUGUUUUAAGGAGACAAAAGAAACAGAAAUGUCCAGUUUGGAAAAGGUUCUGUUCAUUUUUGAUGGAUUGGACGAGUAUCGUUUUCCUCUGGAUUUCCAGAACACCGAGAAAGUGUGUGAUGUAACUGAAUCAGCAUCAGUGCAUGUGCUGCUGAUAAACCUGAUCAAAGGGAAUCUGCUUCCCUCUGCUCUCAUCUGGAUCACCUCCCGAACCGCAGCAGCUGCUCAAAUCCCCUCUGAGUGUGUCCAUCGAGUCACAGAGGUACGAGGGUUCAAUGACCCACAAAAGGAGGAUUACUUCAGGAAGAGGAUCAGUGAUCAGAGCCUGGCCAAUAACAUCAUCACACACCUGAAGUCAUUAAGAAGCCUCUACAUCAUGUGCCACAUCCCAGUCUUCUGCUGGAUUUCAACCGCUGUUCUAGAGAGAAUGUUGGAUGAAGCAGAGAAUGGAGAGAUCCCCAAGACUCUGACUCAAAUGUACACACAUUUCCUCAUCAUUCAGACAAACAUCAUAAGAGAAAAGUACUCAAAGAAGCAGGAGAGUGGUGAAGAAAUUCUUCUCAAACUGGGACGACUGGCUUUUCAGCAGCUGAUGAAAGGCAACCUGAUCUUCUAUGAGGAAGACCUGAGAGGGUGUGGCAUCGAUGUGAGAGAAGCAGCAGUGUACUCAGGUGUGUGUACGCAGAUCUUCAGAGAAGAGUUUGGACUUCACCAGAGUAAAGUGUACUGCUUUGUUCAUCUGAGCAUUCAGGAGCAUCUCGCAGCUCUGUAUGUGCACCUGACAUUCAUGAUGGAAAAGAGAAAUGUUCUUAAACAGUCCUCUGACCAGUUGACUGAAGAAAUUACAAUCUCAGCUGUCCACAAGAGUGCUGUAAAUCAGGCCUUAAAGAGUCAGACUGGACAUCUGGAUCUUUUCCUCCGGUUUCUUCUGGGUCUCUCGCUGGAGUCCAUUCAGAAACUCUUACAUAGCUUAGUAUCACAUACAGGAAGUAGCUCCCAGACAGGACAGAGGAACACAGUACAGUACAUUAAGAUGAAGAUCAAUAGAGAUCUUCCUACAGAAAAAUCCGUCAAUCUGUUCCACUGUCUGAAUGAACUGGGGGACAAUUCUCUAGUGGAGGAAAUCCAACUCUACCUGAAAUCUGGAAAACAAAGUGAACUCUCUUCUUCACAGUGGUCUGCUCUGGUGUUUGUCUUACUGACAUCAGCAGAGGAUCUGGAGGAAUUUGACCUGAGUAAAUAUAUCUCUACAGAUAAAAUUAGAGAUGAGAUUCUUGUGAAGGUGAUGCCUGUGAUUGCAGCAUCCAGAAAAGCAAUUAUCAGGUGUGAUACAAUUCAAGAACGUGGUUGGUCAGCUCUGGCCUCAGUGCUCAGCUCAGAAACCUCCACUCUGAGAGAACUGCAUCUGACUGUGGAUACACUGCAUCUGACAGGGAGUAAACUAGGAGACUCAGGAGUGAAGCGUCUCUCUGCUCUAUUGGAGAAUCCCCAUUGUAAAGUAAAAAAUCUGAAGUUGCAGUGUUGUCGUGUCUCAGAUGAAGGCUGUGCUGCUCUGGCUUCAGCUCUGAGAUCAAACCCCUCACACCUGAGAGAACUGUAUCUGUCUGGGAAUAAUCUAGGAGACUCAGGAGUGAAGUGUCUCUCUGCUGUACUGGAGAAUCCUCACUGUAAACUGGAGAUACUGAGGUUGGAGUGUCGUGGUGUCUCAGAUGAAGGCUGUGCUGCUCUGACUUCAGCUCUGAGAUCAAACCCCUCACACCUGAGAGAACUGGAGCUGUCUUAUAAUAAACUCGGAGACUCAGGAGUGAAGUGUCUCUCUGCUGGACUGGAGAAUCCUCACUGUAAUCUGGAGAUACUGAAGUUGGAGUGUCGUGGUGUCUCAGAUGAAGGCUGUGCUGCUCUGGCUUCAGCUCUGAGAUCAAACCCCUCACACCUGAGAGAACUGGAUCUGUCUGGGAAUAAACUCGGAGACUCAGGAGUGAAGUGUCUCUCUGCUGGACUGGAGAAUCCUCACUGUAAACUGGAGAUACUGAAGUUGUAUAAUUGUGAUAUCUCAGAUGAAGGCUGUGCUGCUCUGACUUCAGCUCUGAGAUCAAACCCCUCACACCUGAGAGAACUGGAGCUGUCUAGGAAUAAUCUAGGAGACUCAGGAGUGAAGUGUCUCUCUGCUGUCCUGGAGAAUCCUCACUGUAAACUGGAGAUACUGAGGUUGUGGGAUUGUGAUAUCUCAGGUGAAGGCUGUGCUGCUCUGGCUUCAGCUCUGAGAUCAAACCCCUCACACCUGAGAGAACUGGAUCUGUCUUGGAAUAAUCUAGGUGACUCAGGCCUGACGUGUCUCUCUGUGGUACUGGAGAAUCCUCACUGUAAACUGGAGAUACUGAAGUUGUGGAAUUGUGGUGUCUCAGAUGAAGGCUGUGCUGCUCUGGCUUCAGCUCUGAGAUCAAACCCCUCACACCUCAGAGAACUAGUGCUGUAUGAGAAUAAAUUAGGAGACUCAGGAGUGAAGUGUCUCUCUGCUCUGAAGAAUGAUGAACAUUACCAACUACAGACACUGAGAUUUUAAUAGACGACACACAUCUCUGCACUGAGUAGAACGACCUGUGAUCCCUGGACAAAAUUUCCUCAAUUCCAAUGAAAACCUGAGGGAUUAUUUGGAACAGCAGGUGAAAAACCACACGAACGAAGCGAAACGAAGUGAAGCGCUGUGAAUACUUUCCGGAUGCGCUGUAACUGGAGACAAUAUUUUAGUACUCCACGUAGAUCAUAAACCAGUGAAUUGUGUUGACCUAUAUAGCUUCAGUCAAUCAAUACAUUCAAAAUCAAUACUCACGUUUUACAUCUAGAAAACCUUUUAAUAAAUUUAAAAGGGACGACACAAAGGUGUAAGGCCGCAGCCCGAACAUGGAGAAGCACGGAACGGACACGCAGUGGCUAAUUUUCCUUUUGGUAGAGUAUUCUAGACAAGGGUGUCAGUUAUGAUUUGGAUCAUUGGAUCAUUUGGAUGUGGUGUUAUAAUCUUCUAAAAUGCCUUUGUACACUUCUGAGUUCAUGAUACCAACAAUAAACACAAGUUCACCAACACCACUGUAGAAAAAACAACCCCAGGCAGUUCAGUGCUUUAUCGUACCCUCAGUGUAGUUUGGCUGGGAUUCUUCUCCUGGCUUUCUCUACACAAACACUCGACUAUCAGAUCCAUGCAAGUGCAGUUUGGAUUCAUCUGAAAAUAAGACCGUUCUCCACAAGCUAUGCAUGUUCUUUUUCUUCUCUUUUGCAAAAUAAAAAAGCAUCAUAAAAAUGCUGUUUUUUAUUUUAAAAUUAUAAUAAAAGAAAAAUGACUAAAAAAUGAGAUUUCAAAUUCUAUUUGCUGUACUUGAUAGCAAUAAUAAUCUGUAUCAUAAUAUGUUUGGUUUUACAUUUGUAACUCCCAUAAGCAACGUUAUUGCAUUUUUUUUUUUUUUAACAAAAAAACCCUUGAUUAUUUUCAAAAUAGAGUUGUCUUUGAUAAGAAGAAUGGAGUAUAAUAUAGUGUGAAUGUUAAAAAUUUAAUUUCAUUUAUAUUUAUUUACUGGGUUUUAUAUGGCACAGUAAGUUUAUAUGUGUAAUAAUUUACUGGGUUUUAUAUGGAACAAUAAGUUUAUAUGUGUAAUAAAAAGGUAAAUCAUUAAUAAUGUACAUGCUGUAAAAAAAAAAAAAAAAAAAAAAAAAGACAAAUACGGAAUCCAUACUGCAUCUUAACACUGCAAUAAAUGAGAUAUCCUGUGAAGUAGAGGACUAUCAUCUUGGUAGAAUCUUAUACAGUUGCCCAGGUCAUGCACUUUUUAGACGGUCCCUUACUGAUUCCGUUACUAUAAAGCGCUGAUUACCUGCGUUUCUGAAGAUUGGCUUCCGCGAGCUUUAACGGGAGGGAAAUAAAAAAUAUAUAUAUCCAGUUUUACCUGGUUCUGUGUCCACUCCAGUGUAAGACAAUACACAUUUUGUGUGUUUAUUUCUUGAGAAAUAGAAGAGAGAAGCUCGAAUGUGCAUGUCCGAUAUAAACCCAACUUUACCGCUGUAUUUCCUUACCUCACUACCACUUUUCAUUAGUCUUAACCAUGGAGGAAUGUGUUUUUAGCUGUGUGAUGCUAGUGCUGUCCAGUCAUAUCACGCGAUUUACUUGUUUAGUGUGACGUUGGGCUAUCGUGUGUGUGUGUGUGUGUGUGUGUGUGCUGCUCACUCUCAGUGCGGUGUGCCAUCAGGGCUCCCUCCUGUGUAGCAUGGCAGUUUAAGUAGCCCUGGUCGGAGCACCAGCUGUUGUUGUUGUAGCUAUUAAAGAAGCUAUCAUAUGAUUUCUGUAAGUACCGUCAUGAGUAUUAUGUCACCGUGUCAAUGAAGGUACAUUUAUAUAUAUAUAAGAGCUAACGGAUCUCAUAUGCUUCCCAAAUUGAGGUUGUAAAAUGUUUGUUGUUCUUAGGGUGCUUUAUUUUUUUAUUUUUUUUUAUUUUGCAUGUGUCUAAUGCCCAUGUGGGAGGGAAGGUUCCUCCCCUUUUCACUGUAUUGGUAUUAAUUGUGUUCCUUUGAUUUAUUGUGCGGGCAUAACUUUUUACUAUCUGUAAUCAGUUUGAGUUUGGGGUUAUCUCUGUGCUUUUGUGACAGUAAGUGUUUUUUGGGGGGUUUGUGUGGGUUUUUUUUUUCUUUUGUAUAGUUGGUGCUGUUGUACAAGCCUGCCCUUCAUACAGGAAGUCUCAGUCCUACUAUGACGAUUAUUGUUCAUUCCUUCUUGUAUUUUUUCAUUCAACCAAUGACUGAUUGUGUUGGUUUCUGGUUUUAAAUAAUUCUUGGCCUUUAUAUAUAUAUAUAUAUAUAUAUAUAUAAUCUUUAAUAAAAAAUAUUUUUGUAUGGAAACCCAUGCCUCUUGCCUUUUCUAAGUGGAUUAUAGUUGUGUGCCUUUAUUUGGGUUGUUUUCCCCGCUUCCUCAGGGUGACGUAGUCAUUACAAGCGAGUCACUUGCUACAUACAUUUCAAUGCAGCAUUCACGUGGCAGUGGAGGGUGUGGUCAAGCUGUGACGGAGAUGUGGACUGGGGUUCUACAAGUCAUUUCACUCCAUCAGCGCUGUGUAUCAUUCAUCUUUAAUAAUGGCUUUAUCCUGGUCAGGGUCACGGUGGACCUGGAGACUAUUCCUGGAAAACUUUUGAACAAUUGUAUAAUUCACAAUAAACUUAUCAAUGCCCUCUUCGGUCCCAAUGGACCUGUACACAGUCAUCCCAUAAGCGGCAAGGAAUUCCCAGGGAUCUAUGAGCCUACAGUAUGACAGCUCCCACCACUCACAUGCUCCCUCCAGACAGGGCAUGAAAUACAAGCACAUGGCAUUGUGGAGUGUAAAUUUUGAGGAACCAGUAAGAAGGGUGAUGUCAUACAUGUCAAACAUUGAGUUGUACAAAUAUACAGCCACUGCAAGGUGCUAAAGGAAACAGGAAGCCCUUGAAACCACUUACCCUUGGCCUUGUGGCCCUCAUCAGUGUUGCUGUAACAUUAGCAUACUGCUCACUUAAUAUCUCAUAUAAGACCACUUUAUUGUGAUCUGUUGAACAAGAAUACACAGGGUUAAAUGCAGAUAUACAUCAAUAAAAACCAA